AUGGAGUUUACAAACAGUAGCAAGUUUCAGCCACUCUCUCUCCUUCUAGCAGGCAUCCCUGGACUAGAAGCUGUACAAAUAUGGCUCUCUAUUCCUCUGUGCAUGAUGUACUUAAUUGCCCUCCUAGGAAACUGCACCAUCCUCUGUGUUAUCAAAACCACCUCCACCCUUCAUGAGCCCCAGUACAUCUUCCUGUCUAUGCUGGCAAGUACAGAUGUGGGUCUAUCUUUAUCAACACUCCCUACAGUGCUCAACGUCUUCAUCCUGAAUCACAGGGAGGUUGAAUUCCACUCUUGCCUAACACAGAUGUUCUUUAUUCAUACCUUCUCCUCCAUGGAAUCAGCAAUCCUGCUGGCCAUGGCCUUUGACCGAUUUGUAGCUAUUCGCAACCCCCUGCACUACACUGUGGUUUUAACUCCUCCUCGGAUUACUGGGAUGGGAUUUGCAGCAGUGGUUAGGGGUGUGGUGCUGAUGGCACCUUUACCGAUCCUGCUCAAGAGAUUGCCUUUCUGCAAGGGCGUCAUUUUGUCCCAUUGUUAUUGCUAUCAUCCUGAUGUGAUGAAGCUGGCCUGUGGCCCAGUCAGAGCCAAUAUCAUCUAUGGAUUAUCUCUAGUCCUCUGCUCCUUUGGAAUUGACUCUGUGUUCAUCGUCAUUUCAUACAUCUUGAUUUUGAAAACAGUGUUGAGUAUUGCCUCUGGAGAUGGUCAGCUCAAGGCACUAAAUACCUGCGUUUCCCACAUCUUCACUGUCUUCAUCUUUUAUGUCCCACUCAUCAUGCUGGCCUUAAUUCACAGGUUUGGCACAUUUAAAUCACCUAUUCUCCAUGUCACCAUGGCCAAUCUCUUCCUCUUUUUGACCCCUGUCCUUAAUCCUUUGGUUUAUAGUCUAAAAACUAAACAGAUAAGGUCAGCAGUGGGCAAGGUAUUCAAGAGAAGGGAAGACCUGCUCAAGUAG